AUGCUGAGGCUACCGUGCUACUGCUGCGCACCAGAGUGCAGGAACAACAUCAAUCACCCAAUGGCAAAGCCCCUCAAAGACUUCAGGACCCUUCAGACCCAUUACAAGAGAAAGCACGCAUUUAAGCCCUUCAUGUGUCGAAAAUGCAGCAAGGCCUUCGCCGUGAGAGGAGACUGGCGAACCCACGAAAAGAACUGUGGAAAGCUCUGGUACUGUGCUUGUGGAUCCGAUUUCAAGCAUAAGAGGUCUCUUAAAGACCAUGUCAAGGCUUUUGGCAAAGGCCAUGCACCUUAUGGGAUCGAUUGUUUUGAGGAAGAGGAUGAACCCGCCUCUGAAAUUGAGCAAGACAAUGAAUCCCAUUUGAACUGA